AUGAUCAAGUGUCCAGUGUGUUUCGACUAUAUUCUGCCACCCAUUUUCCAAUGCGAGAAUGGGCACGUGGUCUGCCAAAUCUGCAGGACGCGGCGAUGUCCCACAUGCCAAGUGCCUAUCGAAAACGGAAUAUACGCCACUAAGGAGGUGCUAUCGGAAACGUUGGGCUGCCCUUGCCAAUUUAGAGAUAACGGUUGCCACCUGAGCCUGAAUCACGCCGAGGAGGACAAGCACGAGAAUCAGUGUCCCUUCAUACAGAUCAAUUGCCCUGGGGUCCACUGCGAGUGGAAGGGACUCUUGAGACAGACCCUGCUCCACCUUUUAGAAGUGCACAAAGUCGCCUACCAUAAAUCUAGCACGGACAUCGUCAUCGAAGCCAAUGAGGUCACUAAAUCUUCAGGUGCUUUUGAGUGGCUGAUGGCGCAGCAUUGUCAUGGCCGUGACUUUUUAGUUGUGGUAAGGAGGUUGAAUGAACAGCAGUACGUGGCUUACGUCCUGUUUAUCGGCACUAAAAAGGAGGCUGGACAGUUCUUUUACAGACUAAAUCUGUGCAGUGAACAGCAGAAAGCUGCUUUCCAGGCGGCCACUCGUUCUGUGGCGGAGGGCAUCAACGCUCCCACCGACCACAAGGACUGCUUCUUCUUCAGUCAGGAGGACGUCGAGAGCUCUAUGGAUGGAGAUGUCUUUGAAAUUAAAUUAGUUGUUGGCAACAUUGGCAUAUAA